CUUUGUUUACAAAUCAUGGGCAAACCAGCUGGGUCCUGAUCAGAUAUUUGGGCUAAAGGUGAAAGGUCAUGCUGAUGUGGCAGGGCAACAAAUGUGAGUGCCAGGAGUUUCAAGGCUCAUUGUAAACACAGCGAGGCGGGGAACAAUAGGUGCUGCUGGGACAGGUAAAGGCCCAGGUGGAUGCUGAGGUAAAAAAGCUGCUAGCCCUGAAGGAACAGUACAAGACGCUGACGGGGGAGGACCUCACGCCAGCCGGUGGCAAGAAGGGCAAGAAGGAGCAGAAGAAAGAACAGAAGGAGAAAGAACAGAAGAAAGAGAAGGAACAGAAGAAAGACCAGCCCAAGAAGGCGGCCAAGGAGGCAGCAAAGCCAGAAGGAAGCAUGCCGGGGCCUAAGAAAGUCACCAGAUUGGGCCUGGAGGCGAAGAAGGAGGAGAACCUGUCGGACUGGUACUCUCAGGUCAUCACCAAGUCGGAGAUGAUCGAGUACUAUGACGUGAGCGGCUGCUACAUCCUCCGCCCCAUGUCUUACUCCAUCUGGGAGAAGAUCAAGGACUUCUUCGACGCUGAGAUUAAGAAGAUGGGCGUAGACAACGUCUACUUCCCCAUCUUCGUGUCACAGUCGGCGCUGGAGAGGGAGAAAACUCACAUCGCUGACUUUGCUCCGGAGGUUGCCUGGGUGACCAAGUCAGGUGACACGGAUCUGGCCGAGCCCAUCGCGAUCCGCCCCACGAGUGAGACAGUCAUGUACCCGGCGUACGCCAAGUGGAUCAAGUCUCACCGAGACCUGCCCAUCAAAUAUAACCAGUGGAACAAUGUUGUGAGGUGGGAGUUCAAACACCCACAGCCAUUCCUGCGGACACGAGAGUUUCUGUGGCAGGAGGGACACAGCGCCUUCGCCUCCAAGGAUGAGGCUGAUGAAGAGGUGAUGGCUAUCCUGGAGCUGUACGCCCGAGUGUACGAGGACUUGAUGGCCAUCCCUGUUAUCCGAGGGAGGAAGACGGAGAAAGAGAAGUUUGCUGGAGGAGAUUACACCACAACAGUGGAGGUCUACAUCUCCGCUAGCGGCAGGGCUAUUCAGGGUGCGACGUCUCACCACUUAGGACAGAACUUCUCCAAGAUGUUUGAAAUCGUGUAUGAAGAUCCUGAGAAGCCUGGUGAGAAGAAGUUUGUGUACCAGAACUCGUGGGGCAUCACGACCCGCACCAUCGGGGUCAUGGUCAUGGUGCACGGCGACAACAAGGGGCUCGUCGUGCCGCCCGUCGUCGCUCGCGAUCAGGUUGUAGUGAUCCCAUGUGGAGUCACGGCCAGCCUGCCGGAGGAAGACAAGCAGAAACUGAUGAAGAAAUGUCAGGAAUACCGGCAGGCUCUGCGCGACGCCGGCAUCCGGGCCACCGACGACCUCAGGGAUAACUACUCCCCAGGGUGGAAGUUCAACCACUGGGAACUCAAGGGCACGCCCAUCCGGAUGGAGGUGGGGCCGCGGGACAUGAAGCAGAACCAGUUCGUCGCCGUGCGGAGAGACACCGGCGAGAAGAUGACCUUGGCAGAGGGCAAGGCUGCUGAGAAGAUCAAGGAGAUUCUGGACACCAUACAGACCGACCUCUACUCAAGGGCAAAGAAGGACCAGGAUGAUCACAUGGUGGCCAUCGAAACCUGGAGCGACUUCUGCAGUAACCUGGACAAGGGCAUGAUUAUCCAGGCCCCGUACUGUGGAGCGAUUCCGUGUGAGGACAAGAUCAAGAAGGACAGUGCAAGGGACCAAGACAUUGAGCCAGGAGCUCCCUCUAUGGGGGCCAAGGGGCUCUGCAUCCCCUUCAAGCCGCUAAAGGAGCUCAAGCCGGGGACCAAGUGCGUCUGCGAGGGCUGCGACCACGAAGCCAAGUACUACACCCUGUUUGGCCGCAGCUAUUAGAGUCAAAGUCUAGGUCAUCUGUGGAAUGUUGUCUGCCGGGAAGUGGAAUGAGGAGGGGGGGUUGGUGCAUUGGUUACAAAGGAACGACUAUAUGAUCAAUGACACAUCAAUUUGCUGAUUAAAUUCCUCCAAAGUUUGUUACCAUUACGUAAACACCAUGUGGAUUUGCAGCCAUGAGAACCAACAACAUGAGAAAAGUAUGUCUGCCACCCCCACCCCCCUCCUGUUUGAAGUUACCAUGAAAGAAAAUGGAAUAAAUUGUUUUUCUCAUCA